ACGCAUGCCGAGGAUGCCAUUGGUCGCACGCUGGUGAAGGGCAAAGGAAAGGAGAAGGCCAAGGAAGUUGCCGAGCCCAUUAGAGGGCGCCCACUAGCCAAGGCUGAUGCUGGGGCUAAGACUUACGAUCCACCUUGCAAGAGGUGUGUCGACGAGCCUUGCCUUGUCAUCAUCGGCAAGAAAGGGCAGGUCAUGAGGUCCUGCACCAAAUGCAGCCUCAUGAAGGUGAAGGCUGCACCAGCCUCCAAGAAGGUUCCCCCAAUGGCGACCCCAAGGUCCAAGUCCAAUGUUCCACUCAGGAGAACCAGAGCAACCUCAUGGGCACGUCCACCAACUCCCAUCUUGGAGUCUGAAGAGGAAGCUGUCAAGGCUACCAAUGUGUCCAUCACAGGUGAUGAUGACGCCGACAUGGAGCCUGCUGCCGAUGCCCUGGCUGAGCCCGCAGCGGACGACAAGAUCGUCACCGAUGAGCCUUGGGCAAUCGCAUCUGCGGAUGACUUCCCCGCCGAUCAUUGGGUGGAGCCCAACUCCGAUGACUUUGUCAUUCCGAUGGCAGCUCCUCUGGCCAGAGAUGUUUCCAUCCCUUCGGCAUCUCUCCCACCGACUGUCAGCGCCAUCCACGAAUGUGUGGUUUCCCUGGCUGCUAAGGUUGCUGCCAUGCAACUCACCGACCAGAAUACCCUUGCCAGGGUCGAUGCAGUGCAGCAGGACUGCGAAACCCGGAUCUCCUCAAUGCAUGCGGAGCUUUCUUCCAUGCAGUUCGAUCUCGGCACCACUGUCAGCCUCGUCAAUGGCCUGACCAGCCUGGUGGAGAAGCUUCGGGAGGCACAGACCAUUGCCAACCCAUCCUUCCCACCACCGAUGAUGAGCAACUUCGGUGCUACCUCGGCCACCCCACAGAUGCAAGCGAUGGGCAUCAGGUACUUGAACGGUGUGUACGGCUCUUCAGUUGCUACCUCGGCAUCUGCUGCAGGCUCUUCGGCGUCUCGCCCUUUCGGUUGCCUUGACAUGCAUGGCGACACAUUCACGUCUGGCCAAGUGUCCUUGGUGUCAGCACAUGCCGGUCCUUCAUCCGCUCCUGCUGUAGUUGGACCCCAUUCUGCUGGAACAUCACCUGCUUCGGCCGCAAAGUCUCUCCCCUGA